UUUCUGAAAAUCAAACCCGACAUUUUGAAAAUUCCGCCGAAUCUGCAGCUCUUUUCGAUUUUGUAACGCAUCCCCGAAGAACAUAUUGUUUCAAAUUUAUCAUUUUCGAAGAGAGAUCAAACCAGAUAUACGCAUAAAGAAUUGAGGAAUAAAGCCACAGGGAAGCGAAGUGGACUCUGUAGUGGCUGCAGAAAAGGAGAUAGCGUUGGUAGGGAAGGAAGAUGUUGCAGAUGCUGGGAUUACGCGGGGGUUCGGGAGCCAAGGGUACGGAGACAUCACCUGAAUCAGCCAACGGAAGCGCUAACCCUACCUCGGCCCCCCAUGGACCGGCGAGGCCCCUCCGGCUCGUCUACUGCGACGAAAAGGGCAAGUUCGUGAUGGACCCUGAGGCCGUCGCUGCCCUUCAGCUCGUAAAAGGCCCCGUAGGCGUCGUCUCCGUCUGCGGGCGAGCUCGUCAAGGCAAAAGCUUUAUUCUAAACCAGCUUCUUGGUAGGAGUAGUGGUUUCCGAGUAGCUUCCACUCAUCGACCAUGCACCAAGGGGCUUUGGAUGUGGAGUGCACCAUUGAAACGCACAGCUGUUGAUGGAACUGAGUACAACCUUUUACUCCUGGAUAGUGAAGGAAUUGAUGCUUUUGAUCAAACGGGAACUUACAGCAUUCAGAUAUUUUCUCUGGCUGUUCUUUUGUCUAGCAUGUUUAUAUAUAACCAGAUGGGUGGUAUUGAUGAGGCUGCCCUCGAUCGUUUAUCCCUUGUUACGCAAAUGACUAAGCAUAUCCGCAUCCGGGCUUCUGGCGGGAGGUCUUCAACAUCUGAGCUGGGGCAGUUUUCUCCUGUGUUUGUCUGGUUGUUGAGGGACUUCUAUUUGGAUUUGGUUGAGGAAAGCAGAAGAAUUACUCCACGUGACUACCUAGAGCUGGCCUUGAGGCCGGUGCCAGGAGGAAGGGAUGUAUCAGGAAAAAAUGAGAUUCGGGAGUCCAUUCGUGCGCUCUUCCCUGACAGAGAAUGCUUUGCUCUUGUGCGUCCUUUAAAUAAUGAAAGUGAUCUACAACGCUUGGACCAAAUGCCUAUUAAUAGAUUACGACCAGAAUUUAGGUCUGGCUUGGAUGCUUUGACAAAAUUUGUCUUUGAUAGAACCAGGCCUAAACAAGUUGGAGCAACUGUGAUGACAGGGCCUAUUCUCGCUGGUAUUACGCAGUCAUUCUUGGAAGCCAUCAACAAUGGUGCUGUACCCACAAUAUCUUCCUCUUGGCAGAGUGUUGAAGAGACAGAAUGCCGCCGGGCCUAUGAUUACGCCACUGCGGUUUACUUGUCUUCUUUUGACCGCUCAAAACCAGCUGAUGAAGGCAUUCUGAGAGGGGAACAUGAAGUUGCUGUUCAGAAGGCACUUACUGCGUUCACUGCUGGUGCUGUGGGAGUUGGGUCAGCUCGUUUGAAUUAUGAAAAACUUCUUCACAAUUUCUUCAAAAAGACUUUUGAGGAGUACACAAAGAAGGCUUUCCUAGAAGCGGAUUUGCAGUGCUCAAGAAUUAUACAGAAUAUGGAAUCAAAGCUGCGUGCUGCGUGCCAAGUCCCUGAUGCAAAAGUUGAUGAUGUGCUUAAGGUUUUAGAUGGUUUAGUUGCUGAUUGUAAAUCAUCCUGUCAUAGUCCAGGAAAAUGUGAAAAGUUGGUUUCCUUCUUACAACACUGUUUGGAGGGGCCGAUUCUGGACCUUUUCAGGAAAAAGUUGGAUAAAAUUGAAUCUGAAAGAACUGGUUUUAAGUUGAGGUGCACUUCAAGUGAUGAAAAAUUGGAAUUGCUCAAGAAACAGCUAGAGUCGAAUGAGAAACACAGAGCUGACUAUUCAAAGCGUUAUGAGGAUGCUAUCUCUGAUAAGAAAAGAAUUGCUGAAGAUUAUUCUGUUCACGUUGCAAAUCUGAAGAGUAAAUGCAGCACACUGGAGGAACGCUGUUUGAGUUUAUCAAAAUCUUUGGAGAUCACUAAAGGUGAGUCUGCUGGGUGGAAAGGUAAAUAUGAACGCAUCUCUUUGGAGCAAAAGGCAGAAGAAGAGAAAUUGAAGACUUACAUUGCUGAUUUGGAGGCCAGUAGUACUGCAAUUGAAGGAAAAUUAGUUGCUAUCCGUGAACAGGCAAAUUUGGCCAAUGAAGAGGCGACAGAAUGGAAGCGGAAAUAUGAAUUUGCUCUUGCAGAAGCUAAGGGAGCUCGUGAUAGAGCAGCGCAGGUAUUGGAGUAUUCAAAUAAGAAGGCACAAGAGAGAGAAGAUGCCUUAAGAGAUGAAUUAUCUGACAAACUAGUAGAGAAGGAUGAGGAAAUCAGAAAGCUGAAUGCCAAGAUUGACCAUACUGAACUGCAAGCUAGCAGUUUUAGUUCUCGACUGGAGGCUGCUGAGUCAAGAGUUAAAAGAUACGAAUUGGAAAAUUUAGCAUUGGAGGAAGAAAUUAACAGGCUAACUGAGAUGCUAAAUUCCAUAAAAACUAGAGCCCAAUCUCAUGAGAGAGAACUCAAAAUGCUCGAGCAACAGAAGAAUCAUCUUCAAGAGAAAUAUCUAUCAGAAUGCAAAAAUCAUGACGCAGCUGAAAAGAGAUGCAAAGAGGCGGAAAGGGAAGCUAAGAAAGCUAUAGAACUAUCUGAUAUUGCUAGAACUGAGGCUGCUGCUGCUCAUAAGGAGAAGAACGAGGCUCAUAGCUUAGCCAUGGAACGGCUUGCGAUAAUUGAAAGAGCUCAGCGACAAGUUGAAAACCUGGAGAUAGAGAAAUCCAAGUUAACUGAAGAAGUAGAGAGGCUGCGAUCAUGUGAACUGGAAGCAACUUCCAAAGCAGAUUUGUUCGAGAGAAGACUUGAAGAGAGGGAUAAAGAAAUUGAGGAGAUGAUGUGCAGAAGCAAUGAGCAGAGGUCCAGCACAGUACAUGUUCUCGAGUCUCUGUUGGCUACAGAGCGUGCUGCGCUAGCUGAGGCCAACAAUCGAGCAGAAGCUCUAUCGAUUCAGCUUCAAGCCACUCAAAGCAAGCUUGAUUCUCUGCAGCAGGAGCACACUUCUGUUCGGCUCAUCGAGACUGCACUUGAUAGUAAGCUCCGGACAGCAAACCCUAAACGUUCCAGGAUGGAUUAUUUCCCGGCGACAGAAUCAGUUCAGGAUAUGGAUAUUGAUGGUGAGACUCUUCGAAGCAGAAAGCGAUCGAAGAGCACUAUUAGCCAAUUGAAUCUGAAGGAAACUGAGGAUGGUGGCUCUGUUUAUGGUGGGGCUGAUGAGGAUAAUAGUAAAGAGAGUAAAGAAAAUCAGGAAACGGAAUCUGAUGAUUAUACAAAAUUCACUGUGCUUAAAUUGAAGCAGGAGCUUACAAAACAUGGUUUUGGUGCCCAGCUGCUACAGCUGAAGAAUCCUAACAAGAAGGAUAUCCUGGCUUUGUACACAAAGCAUGUACUCAAAAAAUAGCUCCUUUUUUUGGGUUGGAGCGUUUAUGGGUUUAACUAUUGCAUAUAAUCUACGAUGCGUUGAUCGAUUAAAUUUAGGACUUGGUAUUUAUUAUUUGUGUAAGAAUUCGAAAAAGGUAAAUAGUAAAGAUUUGGAAUUUUAGGUAUGAAACCAUUUGUAUGUAUUAUGAAGUAUUUUAAUGCUUGAAAAUGCUUGGGUCUGCGUUAGAAUGAGUCCCAAGUGUAGCGUGUGAAUUUUGUCAAAAUUUGAGAAUGUCACUUUUGGAGCGCCCCAA